AUGGGAGCACCCAAAAGAAAGGACCGCACCCCACGAAACGGGGUGCACCCAAAAGAGGGGUGCACGCCGCGCCACACCCAGGGCUGCCCGCAGGAAAGGGGGUGCCCCAAGCCCCAGAGCGGGGGGAGCCCCAAUCCCGGGGCUCGGGGGUGUCCUCGGGGGUGUCCCCGGGGCUCCCGGGGGCGGGGCCAGGAGGGGCGGGGCUGCGGGCGUGGUCCCGAGGCCCCGCCCCCGGCGGCGCUCAGCGCCAUGGGCGAGGGGGAGCCCAGCAUGGCGCAGCGGCUGAUCAGCGGCGCCGGCUACGUGCCCGAGGACGGGCUCACGGCCCAGCAGCUCUUCGCCUGCGCCGAUGGCCUCACCUACAAUGACUUCCUCAUCCUCCCCGGCUACAUCGACUUCACGGCCGACGAGGUGGACCUGACGUCGGCACUGACCCGAACCAUCACCCUGAAAACGCCGCUGGUGUCAUCCCCCAUGGACACGGUCACCGAGGGGGACAUGGCCAUCGCCAUGGCCCUGAACGGCGGCAUCGGCAUCAUCCACCACAACUGCACGCCCGAGUUCCAGGCCAGCGAGGUGCGCAAGGUCAAGCGCUUUGAGCAGGGUUUCAUCACGGAGCCGCUGGUGAUGAGCCCGGCGCACACCGUGGGGGACGUGUGGGACGCCAAGGCCCGGCUCGGCUUCUCGGGGGUCCCCGUCACCCACUCGGGGCGCCUGGGGGGGCGGCUCGAGGGCAUCGUCACCUCCCGUGACAUCGACUUCCUGCGGGAGAGGGACAGGGCCACCCCCCUGGCCGAGGUGAUGACCAAGCGCAGGGACCUGGUGGUGGCCCCAGCCGGUGUCACUCUCAAAGAGGCCAACGAAAUCCUGCAGCGCAGCAAGAAAGGGAAGCUGCCGAUCGUCAACAGCCGGGACGAGCUGGUGGCGCUGAUGGCGCGCACGGACCUGAAGAAGAACCGGGAGCACCCGGCGGCCUCCAAGGACGAGCGGAAGCAGCUGCGGGUCGGGGCCGCCAUCGGCACCCGCGAGGACGACAAAUACCGGCUGGACCUGCUCGUGCAGGCGGGCGCCGACCUCGUGGUGCUGGACUCGUCACAGGGGAACUCCCGGUACCAGCUCAGCAUGAUCCGGUACAUCAAGGCCAAGUACCCUGAGCUGCAGGUGGUGGGGGGCAACGUGGUGACGGCGGCCCAGGCCAAGAACCUGAUCGACGCCGGGGUGGACGCGCUGCGGGUGGGGAUGGGCAGCGGCUCCAUCUGCAUCACCCAGGAAGUGCUGGCGUGUGGCCGUGCCCAGGCCACGGCCGUGUACCGCGUGGCCGAGUACGCGCGGCGCUUUGGUGUCCCCGUCAUCGCCGAUGGUGGCAUCCGCAGCCCCGGGCACGCCGUGAAGGCGCUGGCACUGGGAGCCUCCACCGUGAUGAUGGGGUCGCUGCUGGCGGCCACCACGGAGGCGCCGGGCGAGUUCUUUUUCUCGGAGGGCGUGCGGCUGAAGCAGUACCGGGGCAUGGGCUCGCUGGACGCCAUGGAGCAGGGCCCGGGCAGCCAGAAACGCUACUUCAGCGAGGGGGACGCGGUGAAGGUGGCGCAGGGCGUGUCGGGCUCGGUGCAGGACAAGGGCUCCAUCCACAAGUUCGUGCCGUACCUGCUGGCCGGGCUGCAGCACGGCUGCCAGGACCUGGGCGCCCGCAGCCUCUCGGCGCUCCGGUCCAUGAUGUUCGCGGGGGAGCUGAAGUUCGAGCGCAGGACGGUGGCGGCGCAGGUCGAGGGGGGGGUGCACGGGCUGCACUCCUUUACGGUUCUGCCCCUGCCGAGAGGCGGCUGCCCUGAGGAGGGGUCCCCCCGGGCCGGCGCCCCCCGCCCGGAGCCUGCGGGGACCCCUCCGGCCCCCCGACACCGGCGCUGCUGAUGCUGCACGGGCACCCCGCACGGGGGGCACCCCCAAACCCCCCCGAGCACAGGGGCUGCGGGGACCUCGGAAACCCUCCCGGAACUGGGGGUGCGGGGAGCCCCCAAAUCCCCCCGGGGCACCGCAGGGGAGGGGGAUCCCCAGAGCCCUCAGAAAUGGGGGUGCAGGGAACCCCCCAAAAGUCUCCGGGGCACCACGAGGCUGCGGGGACCUCCCCGGCCUCUCCAGAGAGGGGGAGGCAGGGACCCCACAACCCCCCCAAUGGUGCGGGGACCCCCUAAACCCCGCGGGGACCCCCAGACCCUCCCUGGCACUGAGGAGCUUGCAGGGCCGUGUCCCCCCGAGUGGGGAUGGGGGGACCCCCAGCACUGCAGGGACCUGCGCAGCGUCCCGGGGGACCCCGCAGUGUCGCGGGGGACCCCAGGGGCCUGUGGCCUCCCGGUCUGGGGGAGCCCCGGACUCGCUGUGUCCAGGGGUGAAUAAAGUCUUGGAGCAUCGGA